AAGCUUUAAAUAAACUGGACCAUGUUUAUGAGCAUUCGUUAUCUUUUACAGAUAGCGUUUACCUAAUACUCAGUUUUAUGUUGACAUUUAUAUUUAUUACAAUAUGCAUAACUAGUCAGCAUUUAUGAUAAACCCAAUAUUGUAAAAAAUAUAUAUAUAUAUAUCUUACGGGUUGAUGUUGACCUUUCCAAUAUGGCGGAACUGCAACCACCGAGGCUAAUGCGGCAUCUACCUCUUCUUUCUAUGAUCCCUGACGAAACCUUUCUCAGACACGAUAAGUCAAAACGUUUAAUCAACCGACCACUUGUUAAACUAGUGUUUUAUCGGUUUACUUGAUGUCUGCUAAUCAUUCAGUCCCUAUUAAGGGUGACCGAUAUUUCCACUUCAUUAUCAUGUGUAGCUUGCUGUAAUGUCAUGGUUACUUUGGUCACAAGGUAACGUUACGUCGUCUUGCUAACGUAAAUUUCCUUCAUGUUAGCAAGACGACGUUCUAAGCAUUACUGACAAAAGACGACAUUCUAAACAUUACUGACAAUAGCUUCUGGGGCAAUCCACAUAAACACUUUUGUUACAAUACAAUGAACUAGUUUUAUAUGCUUAUUCCAUCCUCAAGUGUUGAUGCUCGUUCUCGAUUAGUACUGUCUGGUGUCAAAGUGAAGAGGUUAGAGGUCUUUGCAGACUCCGCAGCGACGACACGUGUGUGAUGAGAUUAUUUCUCACCUAAAGAACUUCAUGGCUGUUAUUUUGGAAGUUUAACACACAGGUAUUUAGAAAUGGCUGCCAUUUACUCUGGCAUCCAUCUGAAACUGAAAAACCCUCGCACACCCUGGCCAGAUAAACUGAAACUUGCUCGAUUUGCAUGGAUAUCAACACAGUGCCUUCUUCCUAAUAAAGAGCAGGUUCUGUUUGACUGGACAAGUCAUGCCCUCACAGGUUUUUACAAUAAGAAAGUGGACGUACCCUCGGAGGUGGUGGAGGGUUUAUGGACCUACCUAGAUGAUAUCCUUCACAGCAGGAAGCUUCAUAAUGUGUUGAGUCAGGGAAAAACCAUUAGCCUUCGUCUCACACUAGCUCAGAUUAUCAAUGACAGGAUUUUGGAAUGUUCUUCAGAAUUCAAUCCUGAAUCUGUCAGUUUCCACACCAUUCUGAGCUGUUGCCAUGGCAUCUUGACCUCCCCAGUGCUUUCCGUGACCUACACUGCUAAGUAUGAGUUGUUAGUGGAGCUCUUGAGUCGACUCUGUGGCUUGUCCAGCAUGCAGCUCAGGCAGCAGAGAAGCGAGGAGCCUCUCUCUCUCAAAGUCUUUGAGCUUCUCCUCCUUGUUCUCAACACCUACCUAACAGUGCAGAAACAGCAGGCAAACUCCAACCGAGUGUUUUCCCAGGUAACAGCACACCUUCUUCAUCCUCUUCUCCUGCUCAGACACUUACUGAACACUAGAGUAUGGACUGAGAAGGAUGAUGUCAAGAUUCGCCAACAUCUGAGCAAGGAAAUCCGGAGCAAAGUGGACGCUGUUCUUCAGUCAGCGCUCUUCAUUCCUGAUCAUUUGCUGUCCUACAAGGAAGAAGUUUUACCAUCGGAGGAUAAAGCUGGGGCCAAAAAGAGCCAUGCGGGAAAGGGCUUGCAAGGCCCCAUCAAUAUGAUCCUUUUGAAACUUAAUGUCCAAGGAACUAACGAAGAGGAAGCGGCUUUAUCCUAUGCCGUUAAAUCAAACUCUCUGACUCUGCUAUUUAAAUUCGCCUUAGAUUCAUUUUGUAAAGGGGCAGAAAACAAGCAAGUGAUCUUCCACCUCAUGUCUAAGCUCAUUACUGCUUUGGGGUUCACAGAUGAACUGGAUAUUGACAAGAAAUUUAGUGCAUUGAACUGGAGUAUUGCUUUACUCGCUCUGGAGAACUUGCUGAACUCCUGUUUGGCUGGUGAUAUCUAUAAUGUGGCUGCAGACAGAAUACAACACGGAGAGGUGCAAUUGAAUUUCUACAGGAAACUGGCUCGCCUAUUAUUUAACAAUACCCAGAUGGGCAUCCCAGCUUGGUACCGCUGUCUCAGAGCUCUGCUUGCACUGAAUCACCAUAUACUGGAGCCAGAUUUAGAUGAGCUCCUUUCAGCUGUGUGGGUUGAUGCAGACAAUAUGGAAGUACGUGUUAAGAAAGCCAGAGAAGCACUCGUGUCUGCUGUCUUGCAAACUUAUGCCAAACUCCGACAGCUGCCUAAACUUAUAGAAGAGCUGCUUGAUGUUGUGUGUCGGCCUGCAGUGGAUGAAUUGAGACCGCCGUUGCUGCCCGAAACGAUACAAAAGGCCCUGAGUAAGUGUUUGCUAGACAAUCCUCCGAGCCAAAAUCUCGAGAUCUGUUGGCUCAUUUUAAAAAAGAUCCAGUGCUAUCUUCUCCCCCACAUCCAAGAUGAAACAUCGGAAUUGGUGCUGAAAGUCUUUUCUUUGAGUUUGCUCCUCUACGCUGUACUCUUCAGUUUUAAGACUCUGGACAACAGCACCCCGGUACUAAUCGUGAAGAAGACUCAGAAUCUUAUGAUGGAGAUGCUGAAGGUCGCUGAAGACCUGUUGAAACAGAACUUUGUCACCGAAGGUCCUUGGAUGGAGAAGGUCCAAGAGGUGACUCUUCUGCUUACUCAUACUUGGGUUGAGGUGGAUACGCUCUUCCAGAUUCACUGUUCUAAGUACACAUCACCGACUGCCUCACAGAAUGGCGCUUUAGUGGACAAAGCCCUGACAUUAAGGGACAUGGAGAGUCCACUUAGUAAAUUAUUACAGAAUCUCCUUGCGCUCCACAAGCUGAAGGUACACUUGCUCAAACCAUCUACUGAAACAUCAGGUGCAUCAGAGAUGCAGAAAAUGGCUCAGUUUAUUCUAAAAAAGCAAGAACUUUCAAUGAUGCUCGACGCCAACCAGAUCUGGGACUUUCAAUUUUGUACUGUUAAUGCCAACACUUAUAUGGCAGCCCAUUGGUUUCUUGUUACCUCCAACCUUCCAUUAAUUGCCCCUUAUCUUGAACCAAAUGACACCUCUCUUUUUGCAGAAUGCAUGUUGAAAUCUUUGCUUCAGAGUUUGGAUGCCUCUGAAAGCAAUUUGGAGAACACUGGGAUCUCUGUCUCCUUAAUAUCCAGGCAAUUACUCGAGAGUCCUGUUCUUUGUGAGCUCCCUGAGAUUUUCUCUUCAGUGAUCAAGUGCAUCAUCAAGGCAUUUUUUGGACAGCUUGGCUCAUCACACAUUCAGUUUGUCAGUCCUUCGUUUUUGAAACCUUGUGUGGAAAUGGUUGGAUUUGAAGAUGAAGAAACAAACGUGAAGAGACUGAAAGCCAUCGGACAGGAGAUGUUAGACUCUGUCAAAAUGAGCUCUUCCAUACCUCUGUCUAAAACACAGGCAGAUCGAUUACACCAGCUGCUCAAAGUCACAAGUGUCCUGAAUGGAAAUGCAAUGUCCUCUGAAGACUAUUCAGAACUUUUUCUGACUUUGUUCAUGCUGACUUCUUGUGUUCAGUGUGAUGAAAGCAUUGAUCUCUCUGCAUCUAUUGGAUUGCUAAAAGAGCUUUUUAAUGUUAUGGCUUCACUGCUGGUGGUUAAAAACUCUCAAAUUAUCCUGAAAGUUGUUCAUGGAAGUAAUCUCUUAGAGGCAACUAUGACUUCCCUCUUUUCUCGGAGCAGCAAGGGGCUCUUCAAGGGUUUGGAUGGCCUGAUCUGGUUGUCUUUCCUUCAAUCAGUUCAAGACUUCAUUCAGUCCUUAAUUCAGCUCAUAAUCGACCGGAAGAGCAGCAUGUGCCUCAAUCUGGAGAAGUUUACCUCCUUCAUGGUUGAAAGUAACCUCACCGCAGGAGUUCUGGCUGUAGAUGCAGGGGAUCUCUGCUCGCUACAACUCCAUCUGGUAACUUUAAGCACGCUUUGCAAAGAAAUGAUCACAAGCCUCGGCAAGAACAAACAGCUGGAUCAGACUUUGACUCAUUUGUUAGAGAAGGCCACUUCUGUUAUGGAGCCAGCCAUACAGGCUAUGCUGAUGCGCAAGGGAAGUAGACAGAUACAGUCCUUUUCUGUUGAAAUGGUAACAAUCAUGAUCAAGAGUGAACUAGCAAGAGCCUCAAUCUCUGAAAAUGACGGGCAGAAGAAAAUAUCCCAUAUGGCGUUCUACCGGAGCUUUUGCCAGCAGAUCUUAAAGGAACUCAGCCCAGCACCCCGCCCUAUGGACUUCCGCAUUUCAUCAAUUCACUAUCUCUCUGCGUUCUACAUGGCUGCGGAAAAGACCAAAGCGACAGAUCUUGAAGAACUCCAUAUUAAGAUUUUGCAGAGUGUCCAUGCGCUGCUGUCAGGAACGUGGUUGUCAUUGUCAGACGUGAAGGAGCUGGAGGGGCCAGUAAAGGAGCUUCUAAAUCAGCUGGUGUCCAGCUGUUCUCAAGAGCAGUUCCAUCUAUUACUGCUGAUGCUCAGAGAGGGACUUGUGCCAGCAAAGAUUGAAGGAGGCCACUGCACUGAGGUUCUGUCCACAGUAACUUUUAUAAAGCUGCUUGCCUGUUGUCAGUUUCCAGAGCAUUGCUCAAAGGCUUUUUGGCUCAUCACCCCACAAGUCAUAUCUAAUCUCAUUUUUGUUAUAAAGGAGUCCAGCAAGAUCCCUUCUCUGACCCGUGCACUGACGUUACCAACUCUCGAGACUUUGACCGUUCUGCUCCGGCAGGGUAAAGCAAAGAUCUCCAACCCACACCAUGUCAUUGUGGUUCUGGGUGCACUGCAGUUUGUGCCUCUCGACAGUCAUUCCAUGGAGGACUACCAUGCUGCUUUUGAGGCCAUCCAUGAAGCCUUGUUUUCAACUAUCCACUGCUACCCUCAGGUGAUGUUAAAGGCUUCUCCUACCUUCCUGAAUUGCUUUUAUCGCUUGGUUUCUUCAGUCAUGCAUGAAGGCAGACAGCGGGGUGACUCUGACAGAGCUUCUGAGAAAGACAAAGAGAGUCUUCUGAAGUGUGCCAUGCUGGUGGAAAGGAUGUACACUCAUAUUGCCAGUGCUGCUGAAGAUUUCACAGUCCUGUCUUCAUUCAUUGUUGCACAAUAUGUCAGCGAACUGCAGAGGGUGACGCUUCAGCCAGAAAUUAAGGCACAUCUAACAGAGGGGAUAUACUGUAUCCUGGACCAUUGUGUUGAACAAGACGUUAAGUUUUUGAACACCACCCUUCAAAUGGGUGUCAAGGAAGUAUUCAAUGAACUGUACAAUAGUUACACACACUAUCACAAAUCUCAAAGGCAAGGGGAAGAGAAGUACACUGUCUAAAAUUUGCAUCCUCUGCCUUUAAACUGUUUGUGUGAAGUGAAUAAAUCUGUAAUUUGUAAUGUUUACUUCUAAUUACUCUGUUAUAAUUAAGGAUGAGUCUAGAAAUGUUUAAAACUGUUGUAUGUUAGUUCACCCAAACAUUAACAUUUGUUGUCAUUUACUCAUUUGAUCAUUUUUUUUGUCCAUAAAAUGGACGUCAAUAGGCUCCAUUGUUGUUUGAUUCACAGUGUUCUACAAAAUAGUUUUUUGUGUUCAGCAGAAAAAAAGAAAUUCAUACAGGUUUGGAAUAGUCGUUAGGGUGAAUAAAUAACACAACUUUCCUUUUUGCAUGAACAAUCCCUCUAAAUAUGGGGGAAAAGUCUUUGUUGUGAUUAUGUAUUUUGUACUUUCUAAUUUUUUUUGUAAUCGAUAAACAGGAUGUUUUUUUCUGAGGAGAACAGUACAUUUUUGUGUGUAACCAUUACUAAUGUCCUCAGAAAACCCUAUUAAGUAAAAGACCUAUCAAAGAGUUAAGGUGUUACAGCGGCUUAUCCGAACUGACAGCCUAAAGUCCUGAAACGAAGUUGGAGAAAUCCCAUCUCAGGAUUGAGCUUCUGAGUAAACCAAUUAACCUGAGGCUGCUCCAGGUGGACUCUAUAAAAAUAACCAAUUAAAAAUGUACCCCAUUAGACCUAUAUUGUAAAAAUGGUGUUAAACAUUUAUAGAGCAGUCAUAUCAACUGCUCUGGUGUGCCUCAACUUUUUAAGCUUUUAAGUAGUGUACAAUAACAAUGUGUUCCUGAGGUUCUCUUUGAAGAGAAUUUAGAUGCAAAACAGGAACAACCUCAGAUGCAGACUGAAUAAAUGUACAACAAUAUGAACUCAAUGCCAUCACAAUACAACAAAAUGUUCAGUGUGCACUGUAAAGGCCGGUCAUGUUACUGGAUCCAUGAGGGGGGACCACCAAGGUUUUUCUUUGUUGAAGGUGUAGAUGUGAUUGUGCAGGACAAUGCAGGAAAUGUGUGACAGAGAUACAUUUACUACAUUACAUUACAUGUUUUAUACUAAAAUAAAUUUCCCUAAGU